GCUUCCGUCCUGGCAGAGAGGUCCUCCGCCAGGGCUUCCUGGGAGUCGAACCCGAAGAGCGAAUGCUGAAUCCUCGUGGCUGGGAGUGGAGGAGGAUCUCCGCCUGGGGAGGAGGGGUGGGAGGGGGGCGGGGCAGCAGCCCGAAGCUGACAGAAGCAUCUUCCCGCCCCCCACCCCGGGCACGGCGGCCGCAGCGCACCCUCCUCCCCCGCUAGGGGUCACUUGAAGAGGGGCAGCCCCGCCCCCGCCCCCUCCUUCCGCCACGUGCUGGCCACGUGGGCUCCCCGGAGAUUCCGAGAGCGAAUGAGCGGUUGUAGCCGCUCCACCUCUGGCCAGAGGAGAGAUGUCUGCCACCGCGCCCCGCCGCCGGAUCUUUUAGUCCGUGCAAGAGGAAGUCCUGGGUAAGCAUUCAUGUCGUUGGUGUUUCAGGACUUGGUGACAUUCAAGGAUGUGGCUGUGCACUUCACUGCAGAGGAGUGGCAACUCCUGGAACUUUCUCAGAAAGAAUUGUACCAGCAAGUGAUGCUGGAAAACUUCAGAAACCUGGUCUGGCUGGGGCUUGUGGUCUCCAAACCAGAUGUGAUUUAUCAGCUGGAGCAGGGAGAAGCAUCAUGGAAGCUGGGAGGAGAAGGCCAAAGAAGCAACUGCUCAGAUUGGGAGACUCUGUUUGAAGCCAAGGAGUCACCUCCAAAGUUGGUCAUUUCUAUGGAAGAAUUAUCCCAAGAAAUACCCAGAAGUGAUAAUCCUUACUUCUCCAGGUUGGGAGGAGCCUGGGAAUAUUAUGCCAGGUUAAAGAGCCAGCAAAACAAUGAAGAAAACCAUUUUCAGCCAUCAAAGGUCAUGGUAAAUAAUUCUACCAAUAAAAUGAGGGUUUAUGACUAUGAUAAAUUUAGUAGAACCUUCAGUCUGGGACCAAUUGUCUUUUCAAAACACACAAAAAUAGUAGGAAAGAGACCCCAUAAAUGUUCAACCAAGAAAAAACACAAAUCUUAUAUAGACCAUAGAAAAUAUAAUCAAACGUACUUAAAGAAGAUAUAUUCCAGUUAUAAUGAAUGUGGAAAAUCCUUUAAGUAUAAUAUAGCUCUCAUUAAAAAUAAUGGAACAUAUACCAGAGAGAAACAUUAUAAAUGUAAUGAAUGUGGGAAGGCCUUCUCCCUUACGUCACAGCUUUCUCAACAUCAAACAAUUCAUUCUGGGGAGAAACCAUUUGACUGUAAUAUAUGUGGUAAGGCCUUCCACCUGAGAACACAACUAACUCAACAUCUGACAAUUCAUACUGGUGAGAAACCUUAUGCAUGCAAUGAAUGUGAGAAGGCCUUUAGCCAGAGAUCACAGCUUACCCAACAUGAGAGAAUUCAUACAGGACAGAAACCCUUUGAAUGCCAUGAAUGUGGGAAGGCCUUCCGCCUGAGAUCACAGCUGAAUCAACAUCGGAGAAUUCAUACCGGAGAGAAGCCUUAUCAGUGCAGUGAAUGUGGGAAGGCCUUCAGUCACAAAACAGAGCUUAAUCGACAUAAUAGAAUUCAUACAGGAGACAAACCUUAUGAAUGUAAUGAAUGUGGGAUGGCGUUUCGCUUAAGUACCCACCGUAUUAGACACCGGAGAAUUCAUACUGGAGAAAAACCUUAUGAAUGUAAUGAAUGUGGGAUGGCAUUCCGGCUGAGAGCACAGCUCACUCAACAUAAUUACCAGCACAAUAAAGUUCAUACCAUAGAGAAUCGUUACUCAUGUAAUGAGUGUGAGAAGACUUUCAGAUAUAGAAUAAGCCUUACUAGACAUUGGAGAAUUCAUACUGGAGAAAAGCCUUAUGCAUGCAGCGACUGUGGGAAGGCCUUUAGCCAGAGGUCACAACUUAAUCUACACCAGAGGAUUCACACUGGAGAGAAACCUUAUGUAUGCAAUGACUGUGGGAAGGCCUUUAGCCAGAAGUCACAACUUAAUCUACACCAGAGGAUUCACACUGGAGAAAAACCUUAUGUAUGCAGUGACUGUGGGAAGGCCUUUAGUCAGAGGUCACAACUUAAUCUACAUCUGAGAAUUCACACUGGAGAGAAACCUUAUGAUUGUAAUGACUGUGGGAAAGCUUUUAGCCAGAGAUCACAACUUAAUCUACAUAAGAGAAUUCAUACCGGGGAGAAACCUUAUAAAUGCAGUGAAUGUGGAAAGGCCUUCUGUCAUAGGUCAGGACUUACUCAACAUCAGACAAUUCAUACUGGAGAAAAACCUUAUAAAUGUAAUGAAUGUGGAAAGGCCUUUCGACAGAGGAUAGGACUCACUUUACAUCAGAGAAUUCAUACUGGUGAGAAACCUUAUGGAUGCAGUGAAUGUGGAAAGGCUUUCAGUCAGAGGAUAGGACUCACUCUGCAUCUGAGAAUUCAUACUGGUGAGAAACCUUAUGAAUGUAUCAAAUGUGGCAAGGUCUUCAGCCAGAGAUCACAGCUUACUCAACAUCAGAAAAUUCAUAUUGGGAAGAAACUAUGAAUGACAUGACUGAGGGAAGACCUCAUUCCUUGAGCAAAUAUCUCACUCAACAUUGGUUCAUAAUGAGGGCAUAUAGAUAAGCAGGACAGUUGUUUGUUUGCUUUUUAAUUACCAUGUUAAAUUUAACAUUCUCCUUUUUAAAAAAUACCAAAUUAUAACAAAUUGAAUUAUAAAUUCUGUUCUUUGCCUAUUAGAAUGUUCAUGUUUCUUAUUUAAAUACAGAAUAAAAAUAUUUUUUCCCUAAA